UAGUAGACGAUGUUUAAUGAGUCAUAUAUUACGACUCUGCCAGUUCACGGCGGGAAAAAAUGAGUCGUAAUUUACGACGUUGCCAGCCGGAGGGUUAAACUACAUCACUUGUCUCGAACUACCAAAAGAACUACAACUAACAGGUUUAAACAUCGUCACACUACUAGCGGAGGACGAAAGGGCCAUCGGACAAUGCCCUCACUUCGAUGAGCGACCGCUCUCGAACUAUGUCGUAUCCAAAACUAAUCCGAAAGUACACUGGUGGAUAAGCGUCCAGCAGACAUUCAUUUAGACAGACAGAUCACGCUAGAUAAGCUGACCAAUGGGAGAGCUAUUGCCUCAUCUGACGUCAGAGCUUAAAAUUCAUCAAACCAGUUUAUUGAUUUUCUCUACACCAAAAAUAUAAAUGCCAAAAGAAACUAUUCUUCGUCUAGGCCCUCAAAACCCACCCAACUGUGACACUUGUGGCAUUCUAUUUAGUGUUUAUUUUACAGUAAAAGAAUAAGUUGACACACACUGUAAUCUCAAAGUCUCAAGUACACACUGGUCUCUAUCAUCUCUGGUUUACAUAGAAGGAAUAUCAGAGGUUAAAAAAACAAACCCUCAUAUGAUAGAUAUAUUUCUAGGAUCUCUUGCAUCACUGAAUUUUUUUGUUUUUAUUUGGAAAAAAUAGCAAGUAGUGACAGCCUAUCACUUUUUUUAAUCCGCACAAUUUAGAAUACAAGCACGUGAAUACAAAUGAAAGCAGUUUUAGAAGUGACUCCUGUCUAUGAGAAAUAUAUUAAAUUUGUUACAGAUUCCUGAUAACAUAUUGUAAUAUUAACUCUGUUAUCAGCUAUCUGGUGUAGAUAGACCAUAUCGUACUUAGCUUCUCAUUUACUUAAGUUGUAAAUAGUUGUUGGUGAACAACUACCUAAAUGUGAUUCUAAAGCUGAUGUUUAAUAAUAUUGACAGUCAGUGCAUAAUUAUAUUUAGUCAUGGGAAUUGUUGUGGAAGUGACAUUUUAACGUGUCCCCAUAAAAAACGUAAUACUAGAAAGUAUUGUUUUGUGUUAGUUUAAAAAAUCCAUAAAACAUGUUCAUUUUGUGCUCAACUAAAAAUUAAACUAAAUUUUUCAAUGGUCAAUACCCUUUGCAUCAUCAGUUUGACCCAGAAUAGGCCACAUCUGACCUAAGUAGUCAAAAGGUCAAGUGAUUUAAGAUGAAAUAUGCAUCUUUUGGUAGGUAAAGAAUAUUGGAUGACUAUAAUCAAGAUAAAGCAAUCCAUUUGAGCGAUUCACUUUUUCUAAGCACUUUGGGCCUCUAAGAGAUCAGGUUAAGUAAACAAUUAUUAUUAGAAUCUUUAAAAAAACCUACUUUUUAAAUAUUACAGGAUAUAAAAAGUACAUUUAUACAAUUUUUAAUGACGUUUUGUAGUUUUACGGCAUAAUACUUGUUAAAAAAUUCACAUUAAUUAAAGUCAUAUAUUAGAAUUAUCUCCUACAUAGAAAUAUAAUCAAUAUAUUGUGAAAACUGUUCUUAAAAACAUAUAUUUUGUAAAUUUUGCUUGGAAAUAAAUUUUCCAGAUUGCGAACAUACGUACUCACUUGCAAAUCGGAUGGGAAAGGAUUAAUGUGUACUUUAAUAAACAUGGCAUUCCAUUGUUCCACCAUCAUGAAACAUUGCUCCCCAGAGGAUAGAUGUUCUGUUUUCAUUUGAACAGUAAUAUUCAUUGCUUAUAGUUUAUUAUUGAGGAUGGAAUGUUUGAAAGGAUAACAGGAUUUUGGACACUUGCCAUCGUUAUAUGUUAACAUCCAAAUUUCAGUAAUAUUCAAGUAAAACGAAGUGAUUUCUGUCAGGAUUAAAAUGAUGCAAGAACUGAACUGACCCACAUAACACAGUUUAUUAUAUAGCGUUAGAUUGAGAGAUAAGAUACUGAUGACCAUAACUUGAAUUUUACUUAGUGCACUAUCUGAUCAGUGUAAUUCAGCAUUGUGGCCUGAAUAAAAUGAUUUGUUCACUUUUCGUUUUAAUCAGUCUAAAUGGGAUCAAUAUGACAGUUUGAUAAGUGGUGAUAGUUACACCUCGAUGUGGACAGAAUCAUGUAAAAGUACUCUACGGGAGAGAACUAUUGGAACAUAACUAAGGAUUUUCUUAUUUUUUAAAAGCGGAAAAAUAUGAUUUCUAUUGGUAUUAUUAUUAUUUUGCUUCAAGGUUCUAUAGAUUACAUCAUGUGUGGGAGAUCCGCUGGAAUAAUUUUAGUGGGAGAUGAAAUAUUGAAGGGACAAGUGAAAGAUACGAACUCACACUUUAUGUGCAAACGCUUCCGAGCAGUCGGAACUAAAGUGCUGAAGAUAUCGGUGGUGGAAGAUAUCGUGGAUGAAAUAGCAAAGACUGUGGAAGAGUUUUCCGGUAGGUUCGAUAUUGUCGUGACCUCGGGGGGAAUAGGGCCAACGCAUGAUGACGUGACGUACGCUGGUGUUGCGGCAGCUUUUGGUGACAAAAUUGUUUGUAACGAUAUUCUUCUAGACUACUGGAAUAAGACCUUCAACUCCAGUGUUACGCAGAGUGCAAGGCUGCUGUCUUCUGUACCCCAGUCAGCGGAAAUAAUCUGGGCGAACACAGAGUCCGUGCUUUACUCGAACAGGAAAGGUGAGGAAAUCAAGACGUUUCCUGUCGUGAAGGUCCGCAAUGUGUUCGUGUUACCGGGUGUUCCCCAAUAUUUAGAAGCUCUGUUUGUCGCCUUGGAAAAGGAUAAUUUUCAGAGUCAAGGCCGGUCAUUCUACACCGGCAGGAUAUACUUGUCAGUAGAUGAGGAGUGGAUAUUAAAAGCGCUAAAUAAGAGUGUGCAAGAUUGCAAGGAUUGUGUGUUUGGUUCUUACCCAGUGAUCAAUAACGAUCGGUACAAAACUCAGAUAACAGUGGAAGCGGAUGGAUAG